AUGGAUAUCAAGCUAUCGAAUAUCGUUAUUGAUGAAGACGGAAACGCGGUGUUUAUUGAUAUCAGUGGUGUUGGCGGAAUUACACAUGGAUGGCGCCCCCCAGAGAUUCGAGACAAUAUAUCACCUGGUAGUUUCUCGUUUGAGGUGCGCCAGCUGAAUGAUACACGGGCAUAUGGAAAGCUUCUGUCGGAAAUCAUAUCCCAUGGAGUGGCCAGCCCCUUUUCAAAAGCACUGGAUCACAUUGUUGCUUGUCUUACAAGGGAAGGCGCGCUGACUAUGGCAACGGUGGAACUUGAUAUAUCUCAAGCUAUUCCCAUAUCUGAUUCUCAGGAUCUGUUCAAUAAUCAUCCCAGUCGAUUUUUAUCCGUUGCGCUAGUUCCCGAAACCGUGCGAUUAGACCUCGGCAGAACCUCAAAACGGUCCUGUUCCUACGUAUCUAAUAUUUUCAAUAACACUAUCGGCGAAAUCCAAUAG